CCUUCCGUCCCAGGAGAUACUUGACCCGGAAGCACUCCUUGAAGGCAAACCCGCCUCCGAGAGGAGGUCAGGAAUACUUCCGUGACUGUCGGAUCGGCGAGCAGGCGGCGGUGGCCGCGGUGAGGGGCGGUGUCGGGACUGCGGGGCUUCCCGCAGGUGAUGCUGCAGUCAUGGCAGAUAAGGAUGCUACAGAGACUCCAGCGGUGACCGAAGCAGCCUCGAUCCUUAAAGAUGAGAACUGCGAGCCAGUAGAGAAGCCAGAGAAUAAAUGUCAGCCUGCAGUGUCCACCCGGAAAAGACCAGAGACCAGACCUUCCAGUGACCUGGAGGCCUCUGAACUUCCUGCUCAGCAGGAGACUGCUUCUAAAGAUGCAUCUCAGACUGGAUGGGGCUACUGGGGCAGUUGGGGCAAGUCUCUACUCUCCUCAGCCUCAGCUACAGUAGCUACAGUAGGACAAGGUAUUUCAAAUGUCAUUGAGAAGGCAGAGACUUCUCUUGGGAUUCCUAGCCCCACUGAAAUUUCAGCUGAAGUCAAGCAAGCAGCAGGAGAAACAAGUGCCAGUGAGAAUGGAAGCUUACUAGUGUCUGGGCCAUUCGGGAUGCUCUCGACCAUCUCAACAGCUGUGCAGAGCACGGGCAAGAGCGUUAUCAGUGGAGGUUUGGAUGCCUUGGAAUUCAUUGGGAAGAAGACAAUGGAUGUCAUAGCAGAAGGGGAUCCUGGAUUUAAAAGAACCAAGGGCCUGAUGAUCCGGAAUUCUACACUGUCACAGGUUUUACGAGAGGCAAAGGAUAAAGAAGAGCAGUGGCCUUCCAAUGAAGUAACCAUGGAAACAGACAAGAAAACUCAUUAUGGGCUACUCUUUGAUGAGUUUCAAGGCCUUUCACAUCUAGAAGCUCUGGAGAUGCUUUCCCGAGAAAGUGAAAUAAAGGUGAAAUCUAUCCUUAGUUCUCUGAGUGGAGAAGAACUACAGACAACUAGACUUGAGCUAGAGCAGCUCAAAGAAGCCUUUUCCCUAGCAGAGUUCUGUGAGGAAGAGGAGGAGGAGAGACAAGGGGAUGAAGAUUUUACCAAGGAGAUAACAGAACUGAUUGCUCAGCUUCAUGUCUCUUCCCGACCAGAGAAACUUGCCAGGGCAAGAAAUACAGCCUACGAAUGGAUCAGGACGUCUCUAGCUAAGCCAGUAGCAGAGAAAGAAGAAGGGGAAAAACAGUUGGAGGCAGAAAAUACUGAGGAAGCCCAGAAACAUUCAAUAGAGGACAUCCAUGCAUUUGCAAUCCGGAGCUUAGCAGAGUUGACUGCCUGCUCAAUUGAAUUGUUCCACAAAACAGCAGCGUUGGUUCUACAUGGCCAGAAGCAGGAGGUGACAGCCUUAGAAAGGAGCCAGACUCUCUCCCAGAUGACAGUCAUGCUGUGUAAAGACUUGGCCUCUCUGUCUAAAGAGUUCACCACCUGCCUGACCACAGCUGGGGUCAAAGAGAAGGCAGAUGUUCUCAACCCGUUAAUCACCGCAGUGUUUCUAGAGGCCUCAAACAGUGCCUCCUACAUUCAAGAUGCCUUCCAGCUUCUCCUGCCUGUGCUGCAGAUCUCUCUCAUCGAGAACAAGACAGAGUCACCAGAUGUGAGCCACCAGCCCAGAGACCUCUGACAGAGCACUGAGGAGCAGAGGAGAGGCUGCCUGAGAUUGUGAUAGCAGAGACUCUGACUUUGCUCCAGGACGCCCUGCAGCCAGACGGAGACAUAGUCCUGAGUGUGUGAGAGCGCAGGCAGGGCGCAGGCUCACGGUGCUCGGCUGCUCACACUGCUCUUCCCAGCCUUAUAAGUAAUACAUUAUUUAAAAAAACAUAUUUCAGGAAAGUCAGCGGGACAUUCUGGCAGAAAUGCUGGAUUUUCUUACAAAGAUCAGAAAACACUAAAGGCUGGCAUGGAUGUCAUUUACAGCCAGUGGUAUAAUUGUUAAACAGGAGAGAACAAAACCUCAAUUUGCUGUCCUGCGGUUUAUGACAUUCUUCGUACCCUGGGUUUUUUCCUUUCCAUAAUAAAGCCUGUGGCUUUUAGAGAGCUGACACUCCAUUGGCCCUAAGGCAGAUGGUCAGACAGAGCUGUCCUCCCUUCACCUCUAGAUGCUUGGCAUGGAGUAGAAACUCCUAGCCAUGGUGUGAACCCCAGCAAAGUGCCCUUUAGCUUCAAAUGGCUCUCUUCCCAGUGAGACCAUGCAGCUGCAUGUCUGCUCGUGCGCUGAGUCUCUUCAGGCUGCGCUGUGCAGACGCUGCCUGAGGCUGCGUCCAUGCAGGGCACGUUCUUCAGCUGCCAACCCCAGAGCGGGAGGAAGCUCUUUUGGCGAUGGGGCUUUGUUGAGUCCUAUGAAGAUGCUCACUUACGACAGGACUUAGCCUCAGAUGUUUCCCCUCAUUAUUCCCUGUUUUAAUGUACUUGUUACUGUGCUUUGGGAAAAGCUCAACUGCCAUCCUGUACUCUUGAGUCUUCUUUGCAAAUUUCAACAGUUAAGAGCUGUUUUGGUAUCCAGGCUUUUUGAAAAUGUUCGCUAACUUUGUGGUUUUUAGUAACUCUGGUAACUUUUGAGAGCCCCAUCCUUCAUCUUUGAAAACCAUUACAAUAAAGUAUAAUUAUGCCUA